UUCACUCUUCACUUUCUCCUCCCUCCUGGUUCUUCUUCUUCUUCUUCUUUUCCGAUUGAUUGAAUCAUUCAAUCAAACAAGAAACAAGGGGUUAUCUCCUCUUUUCAGAUUCAAUCUAUCUAUCUAUCAAGGAGAACUAGGGUUCUCUCCUCUUUUCCAAUUCAUUCAAUCAAACAAGGAACAAGGGUUCUCUGUGUGUAUGAUUUAAAGAAGCAAGGCUGAUCUCGCUACUUCUCAACAGUGCAGUGCCGGUUAGCCCUUCAAUUUGUUUAUUUGUCUUGUCUGUGCACUCCUGUUAACAUUCGUUCGUUCAACCACGCAAUGGGGAAGGAUGAUAUUCUGACGGUUGGUUAUGUUAUGAAGCCUUCUCGUGCACAAGAUUUUGCAAAGAGAGGUGCCUUCCCUAUGUGUCCCACUCAAAAUGGGUUAAAAUUUAUUCCCAUUUCAUUAGAGCUCCCUUUAGCACCUCAGUUGCAACAAGUUGAUAUCAUUCUCCACAAGGCAACUGACCAGAUUGUAUCUAUUCAAAUGAUCUCUUCUUCAGAGUUUUUGGACAAGAUUACCUAUUCAAGUAGCUUCCAGGAAUUACAAAGGUACAUUGAACUCAAUCCAAAAUGCUGCAUUAUUGACCCACUUAGUGACAUUUACCCUGUAGUUGACCGUCUGAAAAUCCAAGAGAUACUUCUUGGUCUGGAAAACAACUUCAACAAAGAAGGUAGUACCAAAAUCAGGGGGCCAAAAUUCCUCAAGGUUAGGAAUUUUGAGGUGACUAAUUUAGCACAGAAGCUCCUUGAAGCUAAGCUAACACCACCAAGUAUAGUGAAGCCUCAAGUAGCAUGUGGUGUAGCUGACGCUCACAGCAUGGCAAUUGUGUUUAGGACAGAGGACUAUGAAGGUUUGAAUGUUCCUCUUCCUGCGAUUGUACAGGAAUACGUGGAUCAUUCAUCUCGUCUAUUCAAAUUCUAUGUUUUGGGCGAGAAAGUGUUCUAUGCGGUUAAGAAGUCUACGCCAAGUGCAGAAGGCUUGACUAAAUUAUCUGAGAAAAAUGGAUUCAAGCCUUUACUGUUUGAUAGCUUAAAAUCUUUGCCUACUUCCAAUGAAAGCCAACAACACUGUGUUGAAUCUUCUGAAAAUAAUAUGGAGCUUGAGCUGGUGACGAAUGCUGCAAACUGGUUGAGGACAACACUCAAUCUCACUAUUUUCGGGUUUGAUGUUGUUGUUCAAGAAGGCAGUGGUGACCAUGUAAUUGUUGAUGUGAACUAUCUCCCUUCAUUCAAGGAAGUUCCAGAUGAUAUAGCUGUACCCGCAUUUUGGGACUCUAUAAAGAGCAAGUACAACAAAGCUAUAAAUAAUGGAGAAGCAACUUAAUAAGAUCUUUCUUCAACACAUCUGUCUUCCCUGGCCUGCCGGGUUUGUAGUAACAUAUGUUCCUUGUGAUUGUAUCCUUUUUGGUGCAAGCAACUUGAAUAAGGUACAAUAUUGAGAAAGUGGUGAUAAAGCUAGCUUAGCUCAAUGUAUAUCUCUGUUUGGCUUGAUGUAUGCUGCACUAAUGGGAAGGAUGCCUUGUUUUUAUCCCUUGCCCUAAAAUAACAUGAAUGUGACUUGUUACUGA